AUGGAGAGGACCCGCGCCGAGGUGGACGCGACGCUGCAGACCGCCAAGCUGGACGCGGCCGAGCUGCUGCCCGCCGCGCACUGUCUGCGCUUCGGGCCCGCGGCCGCCGGCGACGUGUGCCUGCUGGAGCUGGAGCCCGCGCUGUGCGCGCAGCUGCGCGCCGGGCGCAGUCUAGUGAUUCGUGGUGAUAAGGAUGAGCAGGCUGUUCUGUGCAGUGAAGACAAAACAUACGAUUUGAAAGUAGCAGACACUUCCAAUAUGUUGCUUUUUAUUCCUGGUUGUAAAAUUCCAGAGCAGCUGAAGAUGGAAGAAACACACUGUAACAUUAUUCACACCGAGAUCUUUGGUUUUACUAACAAUUACUGGGAAUUAAGAAGAUGUAGACCUAAACUAAAGAAGUUAAAGAAACUUUUGAUGGAAAAUACCUAUGAAGGACCUGACAGUGAAAAAGAAAAGGAUUCCAGUCACUUAAAAUAUACGACUGAAGAUUUGCUUGAUCAAAUUCAGGCAAGUGAGGAAGAAAUAAUGACCCAGUUACGAGUUCUCAAUGCCUGUGAAAUUGGAGGUUAUUGGAGGAUUCUUGAAUUUGAUUAUGAGAUGAAACUUCUGAAUCAUAUAACUCAGCUUGUGGAUUCCGAAUCUUGGUCUUUUAGCAAAGUUCCUUUGAAUACAUGCCUUCAGGAACUUGGACCAUUGGAGCCAGAGGAAAUGAUUGAACACUGUCUUAAAUGUUAUGGAAAGAAAUACACAGAGGAAGGUGAAGUUUAUUUUGAACUGAGUGCAGAUAAGAUAUGCAGAGCUACAGCACAGAUGCUACUUCAGAACGCAGUGAAAUUCAAUCUCGCUGAGUUUCACGAAGUAUGGCAACAGAGUGUUCCGGAAGGAAUGACGACCAGGCUGGAUCAGCUGAAGGGUUUGGCCUUGGUGGAUAGACAGUCAAGACCGGAAAUCAUAUUUCUGUUGAAAGCAGAAGACUUGCCUGAGGGGGAUCAGGAGCGUUUCAGUAGCCUGUUCUCUCUGAGAGAGAAGUGGACAGAAGAAGAUAUCGCUCCAUAUAUUCAAGAUUUGUGUGGAGAGAAGCUAACCAUUGGUGCACUACUCACAAAAUAUGCUCGAUCUUCAAUGCAAAAUGGUGUCAAAGUUUAUAACUCAAGAAGACCCAUUUCUUAA